AUGAUUCGAAUGCUACUCGGUGGAGCAGUAGCUGGUUUAUCGUAUGUCAUAACAACGGAAUACUUGAGAGUUCAACGCGGUGCUGCCCAAAGCUGUACCAAAUGCUCAGCGCCUGUUGGUAGAGAUGGAAUGUACAGAGGUGAACGAGAACCG